GACGGAGAGAGAGGGAGUGAGAGAGAGAGAGAAAGAGAGAGAAAUAGAGCACAGAGAAAAGUGUUUGUAAAAGGGAAGCAUUUUUGGUGGAUUGGGUCAAACCAGCCAUGGAAACUACACCAGAGGAGAACCAAGACCAGAACCAAGACACAAAAGGUUGCUUUGAAUGCUGCAUCAAGUGUUUGGGCGGGGUCCCCUAUGCCUCGCUGGUGGCCACCAUCCUCUGCUUCUCGGGCGUGGCACUCUUCUGCGGGUGUGGCCACGUGGCUCUGACAGGCACGGUCACCAUCCUGGAAAACCACUUCUCCAAGAUCACCAGUGACCACGCCGUACUAACUGAUGUAAUACAGCUGAUGCAGUAUAUUAUCUAUGGGAUCGCCUCCUUCUUCUUCCUGUACGGCAUCAUUCUGCUGGCUGAGGGCUUCUACACCACCAGCGCCGUCAAAGAGCUGCACAGCGAGUUCAAGACCACCAUCUGCGGACGCUGCAUCAGUGGAAUGUUUGUGUUCCUGACCUACAUCCUGGGAGUGGCCUGGCUGGGCGUGUUUGGUUUCUCUGCCGUUCCUGUCUUCCUCUUCUACAACAUGUGGUCCACCUGUGCCGCCCUGAGGUCGCCUGUGGCCAACAUCACCUCUCUGGACUCCAUCUGCGUGGACGUCCGUCAGUAUGGUAUUAUCCCUUGGAAUGCAGUACCCGGGAAAGCCUGUGGAUCCACACUGGGUGAUAUCUGUAACACUAGCGAGUUCUACCUGUCUUACCAUCUGUACAUCGUGGCAUGCGCCGGCGCAGGUGCUACUGUCAUUGCACUGCUGAUCUACAUGAUGGCUACCACUUAUAACUAUGCCGUUUUGAAGUUUAAGAGUCGGGAAGACUGCUGCACUAAGUUUUAACUUGCAUUAAGAGCACACACUGCAGUCUAUGGAGCUGAGUAGAGAGCAGCCACUGACAACAUAAACUAAAAACACAAAAUAGAAAAGAAAGAAAGAAAGAAAAAAAAUUCCCUUUGUCUUAAUUUGUAAAUAGCUGAUUGCAUGUAUCCAGGGACAUGCUCAGUUGCAGGUAAUCAUCAAGGUAUGGUACCUGGGUUGGGUUUCAUUUCUGUAUAGUCUGUAAAGUAUGGCCUACACGUUUGUUCUUAUUAAGUGAUGAAAGCCUUUCCCUGUCCCGUAAGUCUAUUUACAUUUCACCAGAACUAAGCAAUUGUGAUUCACCUGUAGGCAUAACAAUGGUCACCAAGUGUCAUUUUACGCAGUCUUAGUUUAGUUUUUUUUUUUCCAGUGCUACAUUUUGUUAAAUUUGCAAGACAGACAUUCACUGGUGUAGUAGAUUGUCAGCACUACAUGUGUCUCUCAAGCCACGUUCCAUACCUUCUAUGACUGGGCACUGCUUGUCAUCUGAGUGAUGACUUAGACAGGAAGAGUUGUAUUGUAGCACUUAGAGGUAAUUGUACAGCAAGGCAACAAGCAUUCAUGAAGGAUUGGUCCACAGCCGGAAGUGUAUUUGUGCUUGAUGUCUGUAGCUUUUUGACUCCAUAUACAGUAUAUUUUUAAAGAAUUAUUCCUGUUUUAGAAUGUAAUUUUUUAAAAUGAGAUGUACCUUUAUAGUUUCAGCUGACAGUAGGAUGAUUUUUUAUUAUUAUUGAUACAGAAGUUGCCAUAAAAAUGCUUUAAU